AUGAAACUGUACUUGGAGCAAAAUGGAGAUAUAGCAGCAGAUCUGGACAUCACACUCUGGGUGGUUGUCCCCAAGAAGUAUCUUAUCAGAAGGCCACUAGCGAGUUUUGAACGACAGAGAUUUGUCAUCAACCAAGAUAGCCUGUCAAAGCUGAAGAUGCUCAACAAGUCUCUGCCUCAGUCCAAAUGUGUGGGAAAAUGUCGUCCUGGAUUUGUCAAGCGAGCUCGGGAAGGAGAGCCAGUUUGCUGCUAUGACUGUAUUCCUUGCCCAGAGGGGACCAUCUCCACUCAGGAAGAUGCCUUGAUGGACAUGCUUUCUACUGGGGAAGCCAAUGUUCCCAACUACAGCUGUGGAAGGAAGGAUCACAUUUUGGCUCUUGUUGAUGCAGCUACUUAUGACGUCUCCAUCCAGAUGUCAACGUUAGGAGACACCUACAAAGUCCCUCAGUGCCCAGAUGAUCAAUAUUCAACUGAGAACCGACUCCAAUGUAUCUCUAAACAAAUAACCUUCCUGUCCUAUGAGGAACAUCUGGCCAUUAUCUUGGUCUCUUUUGCCCUAGUCUUGUUUCUAACCACAGGCCUUGUUUUAAUCAUAUUCCUUAAAUAUCUGGAAACUCCUAUUGUCAAAGCCAACAACCGGGACCUCUCCUACAUCCUCCUCAUCUCCCUCAUGCUUUGUUUCUUGUCCUCCUUUUUCUUCAUUGGACAACCAAGGAAAAUCACCUGUCUUCUCCGACAAACAGUGUUCAGCAUUGUCUUCUCAGUAGCUGUGUCUUCCUUAUUGGCAAAAACGAUCACAGUGGUAUUGGCUUUCCUUGCCACAAAACCAGGAAACCAAAUGAAAAGAUGGUUGGGGAAGAGCUUGGCCAAUUCUGUUAUCCUUUCCUGUUCUGGUGUUCAAAUUUUCAUUUGUGCCCUUUGGAUAGGAGUUUCUCCCCCAUUCCCUGACUCUGACCUGCACUCCCAGCCUGGAGAGAGCAUCCUUCAGUGCAAUGAAGGUUCUGUCACCAUGUUUUAUGUUGUCCUUGGCUACAUGGGUUUCCUAGCUGCUGUUUGCUUCACAGUGGCUUUCCUAGCCAGGAACCUACCUGGGGCCUUCAAUGAAGCCAAGCUGAUCACCUUCAGCAUGCUGGUCUUCUGCAGCGUCUGGGUCUCCUUCCUGCCCACCUACCUGAGCACCAAAGGGAAAUACAUGGUGGCCGUGCAAGUCUUCUCUAUCUUGGCUUCUGGUGCUGGGUUGCUGGGUUGCAUCUUCUUCCCCAAGUGUUAUAUUAUUAUCCUGCGACCAGAGCUAAACACUAAGGAACAUUUAAUGAUUAAAAUAGGAAACUGA